AUGGUUACGUCAUACGGUCCCAUCGCAGCGUCGGCCGACCCAGAGGCGAGCACACGCUGUCGACGAAAUCCACGAAAACUUUUCUCGCUCCGAAACAGUAUCUUGGACGUCGAACAGCCUGUCAACGCGACACACUCGCUGCCGUCGGGACCCUUCCGACGGCUGGCUUCCGCACACCUACUUGACUCCACCUCUCACCGCGACAUUCCUCCUUCUGUGCAUUCCGGCGAUCUCUCUGACACCUCCUCCUCACGAACACGGGGGUCCACGGGCCCCGCGUACCCGAUCUCCCUGCGACCGCCUCUCACCCUCAUGUCCGUCUGGGAACCCCUCGCUCUCUGA